AUGAUACGCCAAAAUAAGCCAAUAUUCAUAAAACUCAUCAAAGUAGAAAAUAUGCCAAGUAGUCCCACAUCAUUUACCGAACUAACCAAUUUAUAUGCUCCAGUUUACUUUAAAUGCAUAUGUAACGGCGAAACAAAUUAUAUUGCUCCACAAAUGCAUCAAACAAACCAUUCUCUCAAUGCCGUUAUCAUCAAAAUGCCUAGAAUGCAACUAGAUUUAACAUUCGAAGUACAUGAUCGCGAUAAAAUACUUCCCGAAACUCAAUAUUACAUUGGAAACAGUUUUAUUGAGCCAUUCGUACCAGUAGCAAAGCGGAAAGGCCUAUUCCUAGAUACAGACGAAAUAAUUAAACCCAAUCCAGCCAUCCCAAACCCUUAUGGUGGCUGCAAUUUCAAAGUUUUGCCAGAAAGAAGAUCAAGAGCUCCUGUUUUACCGAUAAUCAACCACAAGAGCCCAAUACAAGCUGGAAAUUUCCAUGCAUCUCUGACAGACCUUUCGUUCAUGACAUACGAUCCUUACUCUUCUUUGCCUCCUCUGCCGGAAGAUCAAAUUAAUUUAAACCAAAAACCGGUAACUCCCAUAAGAACUCCUGGUAAAAAGAAGGAUUUGUUCGAACAAUCAGAGACAAACGAAACAGAGUAUUACAGAUGGAUUUUGGUCUCAAAAAGAGAUAAUCAAUCGGAAAAUUUCGCCAAAAUGCUUCAUUGUUUGAUCAAUGAGCAUCAUAAAUUAGUCCUCAAUGAAUCUAGCGAGUCUGUGAUACAAACAUUUACUUAUACAACGAGUACAAAAAGAAAUUUAGAUGUAAUUACCGGAUUCCACCUGAUAGGGCCAAAUGAACACAUGAUUAUUGCUGAGUCACGUGUACAGACUCCAAAUCAAUCGUUUUCAAAGCUUUUACAGUUUUUCCAAACUCGACCUCCUCUUAGCGUCAAAAUGUUUUACAACAAGGCAAAUAAAUUCCCAUCACCAAGAGAAUAUGCCUGUCUAAGCACUAUUUUCCAAACAAUUGAAAUUCCUGUGAAUAUUCUUGAAUUUGUAAAAGUUGAAGCUCUGUACUUCCACUCUUCAGUUAUUCAUGUUUUGUAUGAUGUUGUGCAGAAAUUAACUGCUAUUCUUCAAUCACAAGACUUUGAAUACAUAAAUGCAAACGAUUUGUAUCCUUCAGUUUCGCAAUUGAACCAACUGAUAUCACAGGCACAAUCCUUACCUUCUUUCAUGACAAAGAAAGCGAAAACUGUGACAAACCAAGUUCCGAAGAUUAUCCAGAAAUCUAGUGCUAGAUCUCAGUCGGCAAUGACCAAACCACAUCUUAAUGCAUUCCUUGAAAACAGGCCUCGCUUUGUUUCGUUUGCAAAACCCGUUAUAAACAACGCCAGACCUCCAAACAAGAGAAUUGGAGUUUCUCACAAUGGAGAAGAAGAACUUUGGCUUGUAGAUGAUCCAGAGACACUUAAAGAGGAAGGAUGGGAGAUAGAGAUCAUCAAAAGACCUGCUUCGACUCGAGUGAAUCGAGCCAAAACACAAAUCUCACGAAAGAAUAAUAAGAUAUUGCAAAAAACAAUAUGA